AUGACCAUGAGUGGUAACAAUUUGAGUGAGGCCAGGGAGGUUACCCAUGAGCUAAGUGACCAGAGACCGUUGUCGGAUGAAGGAGGGGAGAUGCAAGAAGUCAUUUUCAUCAGAGAGGAGGUAGGCAACGACGGAGCAAUCAACGUUGAAACUGGCGUACAGGCUGGCACCGGAGAGGCAGCGGGUGUUGGCGAGCCUGGGUGCUCCAUGGGCGUCGAGGGUGACAAGGAGGGUGAGGCACUGCCAAGCGAGGUGACCCAGAACCUUGAAGGCGAGGCACUUUGGGCAUUGGCUAGUGGGUGUGCUGAUCAUGGAGAAGGCAUCGCUGUGGGCUGGGCUCAGCCAGGGGAGCACGCAGCGGCAUCGCCGGGCAUUACGCACGGCCUGGCGAGCGUGCUGGUGAACGUGCGAUGCCAGCGGGAUCUUCGAUGUUAG